AUGCCGAGUUCGAAGAAGGACAGAAAGAACGCGAAAGAUGGUGCAGUUAGCGCCGCGGUGACGAAACUCGCCGCGGGCAAGUUCGCAAACGGCAGUCCUUCCAAAAGCCCUCCAUCCGAUGCAUCGUCGCCUCCCGUUCACUCUCCCGAUAUUAGACCAAUAACUCAAGACCCGUCCCCAUACGAUGGGCACCCCACUGUCUCGCCCUCUCUGGAUGCACUUUCCACCACCUCGGCAUCGGCUGCAAGUACAAACCACGACUGGGCAAGAGGGGGGCUCGCUGGCUCUCCAGGCAACUUGAUCAGUCUCAUGGGCGAGUCACCGCCCACUCAACCUUCCUCCUACGAGGACUCUGGUCGCCUCCACCACGGAUGGGCCGUCCAGCGCCAGUCCCUGACGCCCCAAACUGCCUCGCCUUCUCCUCCCAACAGCAUGCCAAACCAUAUGAAGCGGCCUCUCAGCUUCCAGAUGGACGCGCAGUUUCCCCUCGAGGCCUACCAUCAGCCGGCUGCAGCUGCAGCAUACCGUCGCAGCUCCAUGCAGUCGCAAAUGUCCCACGCCCGAGUAGGCCCCCAACCCCCGCUCCCUCAUCAAGCCCAGCCGCACUUUUAUAGUGCUCCCGACAUCGACUUUGAUAUGGCUGCCAAGGCUGGCAUGAAGGCCGGUGACAAAGGCUAUUACUUUGGCUUCGAUUCACUUCCUGCUGCACACAACGAAUUCGCUCCAGGAUCAGACAACGUUGCGCUGGCGGGCUAUGAGGGUGGCCUCGAAGUCUACUCAGUCAGCAAGCGCGGCUUAGACCGUGUUGCCGGUCUCAAAGGGCUGCGAGGAGGCGUAUACGAUGCCAAGGUUCUUCCUUGGUCAACUCCUGGAAACAAGGUUGAUGAUUCUCCGCUUGUGGCUGUCGUCAUCCACGGGCCUGUGUUACCACAGACAUCGCCAGAGAUUGCAAUCCAAACAGCAAACGACACCAUUACCGAAGACAAAGCCGAUGUGCCAGGUAGUCCUCGAGCCGAUGGCAGCCAGAAAGGAGGCCCUUCCGGUCGCUUUACGCCGGCCAUCGAGUUUUACCAGACAUCAGUCGAGCUGUAUUCUCUCAAGACUGGCAAACUCGUCGAUGUGCUUCUACAAGCUCCCAAAGUCCCACUGUCAACACCAGUCACAAGCCCGAUCUUCAAGGCGCCGCCGCCGACGGGCGCAUUCACGAUCAAAGCUGAUGCCGGAAACAUUGCAAUCGCCUCCGGAACCAGUGGAGAGUGCUGGGUCUACCGUUCCAUCCUCGAUUCCAACGACGGCAUCGUUCGCUUCGGCUGUGUCGGUAAACUCUGGACUAGCCUCCAGCAGUCCCCUCGAGGAGAGGUUGCCGAGGAUGCUGAACGUCGCCACUCACCGGCGCCUCCUCGUCCCAACCCGCAGAUUCCAAUCUUGUCGCUCAACGGGAAAUGGAUUGCGUACUGCCCUCCGGCGGCAUCCUCGCAAAUCGCUCUGCGCGCUCACGUACCGGUGGCCAUUCUCGGGAAAGCUCCGGGCAUCUCUUCAGUGACGUCUCCCGUGCUACCCGCAGUUACCGGGUCUGUCGAUUCUCCCAUGGCCGAGAGCAUGGUCAACAAAAUAAUGCGCGAAACAACGCAAGAGUUGAUCUCUGGAGCAAAGUGGGUUGGCCAACAAGGACUGUCGGCCUGGAACUCGUACUGGAAUAAGAAUGCGAGCCAGGCACCUCCGAUGCAGUCUCGAUCCCCUCCGGUGACAGCUCAGCAAUGGGCCGGCUCGUACCCUCCUCGGCACGACGCAAACCAAUUCCCGCCGACACACGGUACACCUGGACAGGCAGUGACUAAAGACCCCGGUCUCGUCUCUAUCCUCGACAUGGACAGCUUGCCAACUUCUGCCACCUUGCACCCGCUCAUCACCUUUGCAUCUCCGCUUGGUUGCAGCUUCUUGUCCUUCUCACCGACUGGAAUAUCUCUGUUCACGGCGAGCGGCAAGGGCGACGUGCAGACUGUAUGGGAUCUGAUGUGCAUUCAGUACACCAAGUCGUCACCUCUUCAGGCGGUCGCUGCUAACAACGCAGUUGGUCCACGAGUGCGCCAGGUCGCGCAAUUCUCACGGAUGACCGUUGCUCGGAUCGUCGACGUGGCUUGGUCGAAACCUAACGGAGAGCGGAUUGCAAUGGUCACUGAAAGAGGAACCGUUCAUCUUCUCGAAAUGCCAUUCAGUGCCUUCACUUGGCCGCCGCCUCGUCGGCGCAAAGCCACGGAAGAAAAUGGUGCUCCGGCGUCAGAUGCACCAAACUCGGCUGUCUCGAUUGCAUCCAGUGCCUUCGGCGCUGCCUAUCAUGCCGCCAGACCCUUGAUCACUCGGCCGCGUAGGAGCAGCGUGAACGCUCAAGGUUUGGCCGGUGGCAACUUUGUCGAUUCAGCCAGUGUUGGAGGAAGGGCCAUUGCUGCGAGCAUCAGCCAUUCCCUGGGCAAAACCGGCGUCGCUUUAAACCAGCUGCGCCACACGGGAGACAAUCGCGUUUCUCUGCCACAAAGCUCACUUCUGCCAGCUUCAUCAUGCGUCGUAUGGAUCACUGGUAGAAAAUACCAUACUCUGUAUGUGGUCGGCGACGGCCUGGUGCGAACAUUUCCAUCCAAGACUCGUCGCCCGUCAGCGGCUGCCAGCAAGCAGCGCACACCUCGAGGACUCCGAUACAAGGACUUCAAAGUCCCUGCACUACCCGACGAUGGCUUUUCGCAAGCCGUUCGACAAUUCAUCGACUCAGACGAGUAUCUGGAUCUGUCAGACCGAGAGAUGGACGUGGGCAAGACGUUAACGCUUGACCCGCGCGCCAGACCGCUCCAGGUCGACCUGAGUGCGGAAGCAUCCAUCCCGCAAGCCGAAAUUGAAUCCAGCGCACCAUACCAGCCGUUCCAUACGGAUAGGCGAGUGGCUUUGUAUGAGUACGCAAGCCCACCCGCUGCCCUGCCACCAUCGCUAGCUGCGCUGAUGGCCGAUACCACGUUAGAAGAUCACGCAACACCCAAGCAAAAGAAGAGACAGCAGCGUGCGCGCGCUCAAGAAACGGCUCUGGAAACAAAUUAUUCGCAACCUUGGGCAUUUGGUCAGCCACUCAACCUGGUGAAGCUCGACACUGGACACCUCUCAGUUUCAGAAGACGAAUUCAACAUUUCGGACGAUCACCGCGCGCUCCCGCUGUCUUCGAUGGAGAGAGUUAUGCACCGUGGAGAGAAUGGCGAUGAGAUUGUUGUUACAACCCGUCGAAGACGUGGGGCGAGGCACACGGAGGAUGAGGAUGGCUUUUUCGAGGAUGACUGUGAAGUGCUUGACUUUGCAGAUCAAAGAGUUUGA